AGUAGGCGCGUUGCGUUUGCCGACCGGUAAUGUUGUAACACAAUAGUACCAAAGUGUUUGUGUUGUGUUGUGCUCCAGUUUUCCGACUUUCGACUUUCGAGUUCCGAGUUUUUCGGGUUCAGAGAUUAGGGAGCAUUGAUCACAAUAACCACUUCAAAGAAAAAAGAUUAUGCAAAAAUCUUAAAAAUGGCACCGCAAGAAAGAACUUCCUACCCUUCAGAGGAAAACAGCCAAAACACGACGAAUAACUUAUCCAACAUAGAUUUAAGCGGCGGUUUCGUCAACAAAGCCUACGAAAAUGACAGUUCCGAUGUUGCCACACCAAAAAAUACGACCACAGAUAACGUAGAAAAGAAAAAGACCACAGACUUUGAUGAUUUGUUGCCAUAUGUAGGAGAAUUUGGAUUGUAUCAAAAGAUUUUGUUUUUACUAAUGAUACCGUUUGCGUUUUUCGUUGCAUUUGUGUAUUUUUCGCAAAUUUUUAUGACUAUUGUACCUGAAGAACAUUGGUGUUGGAUACCUGAGUUGGCGAAUAUGACUGUGGAAGAAAGACGAGCUCUAGCAAUCCCCCCUUCAAACAAUGGACCCUACUCCCACGACAGAUGCAAGAUGUACUCCACGGACUUCGCUCAAGCACUCGCUGAGGGUAGAACUACGCCUGAUGAUGAGUGGGCGGUAGUGCCGUGUCAGUUCGGAUGGGAGUAUAAUAGGAGUGAUGUGCCUUAUGAUACUAUUGCUUCGGAGUUGGACUGGGUAUGUGAAAAGGACAACUUAGCAGCUACAGCUCAGGCCAUAUUCUUCUGUGGAGCUAUAGUAGGAGGGCUGGUCUUCGGCUGGAUAGCUGACAAGUAUGGGAGAAUACCAGCUCUAGUUGGUACGAAUCUCCUGGGCUUCAUAGCAGGAGUGGGCACUUCGUUCUGCGACAGUUUCCUCACCUUCGCUCUCUGUCGGUUCUUCGUGGGCUUGGCGUUUGACAACUGUUUUACUAUGAUGUAUAUUCUUGUUCUAGAAUACGUGGGCCCAAAAUGGCGUACCUUCGUAGCGAACAUGUCGAUAGCACUAUUCUUCACGCUGGCCGCUUCCUUGCUGCCGUGGAUCGCGCUGUGGGCUGAUGAUUGGAGAAUGUUCGCGUUGGGGACCAGUCUGCCUUUCGCGUUGGCUAUUUUGACGCCUUGGAUGGUUCCUGAGAGUGCUAGAUGGUUGGUCUCUCAAGGCAAGAUAGACAAAGCUCUGACGAUCAUGAAGAAGUUUGAGAGAAUCAACAAAACCAAAAUCCCGGAGAAAGUACUCAGUGACUUCACGGAAUCAUCCCUAAAAACGAUCAAAGAAUCUGAAGCAGAAUGCAGGACUUACUCCGUACUGGACCUCUUCAAGACCCCUCGGCUCAGACGGAACGCGAUCCUUCUCAUCAUCAUCUGGAUGGCCAUAUCGCUAGUGUUCGAUGGCCACGUCAGGAACGUUGGAUCUUUGGGGCUGGAUAUCUUCUUGACGUUUACUAUUGCUUCGGCUACUGAGCUGCCGGCUGAUACUUUCUUGACGGCUGUUUUGGAUAGAUGGGGUCGUAGAUGGUUGGCGUGUGGUUCCAUGGUCAUUAGCGGUAUCUUCAGUCUUCUAGCAACCGCUGUACCUGCUGGUGGACCAUCAGCCUCUCUAGCCAUAAUGGGUCGUUUUGCCGUCAACAUAUCAUACAACAUAGGUCUACAAUACGCGGCUGAGUUACUGCCUACGGUGGUGAGGGCUCAGGGCGUCGCGUUGAUACAUAUCAUGGGAUAUGUGGCUUCCAUUGUGGCACCGUUUGUUGUUUAUUUGGCCAAUAUCUCCCAAGACCUCCCCCUUCUGAUCCUGGGCGUCCUCGGCGUGGCAGGAGGCCUGCUGUGCCUCUUCCUCCCGGAGACCAUGGACACUGAGAUGCCGCAGACCCUGCAGGAUGGAGAGAACUUCGGCAAGGACCAGAGGUUCUGGGAUAAUCCUUGUUUCCCUAGGAAAAAGCCCGAAUCAGAUGAGGAGCAUCCAGGCAAAUACACGAAGAGACCAUCAGUUUCCACCAACGAACCCCAAGAGUUUGUCAGAGCUGUUCCCAGUGCCAUAGGGUCUAGGGCCUCCAUCAGGGCCUCAAUCAGGGCCUCAACUAGGGCCUCAAACCGAAGACGCGAGGUCAACAAGGAUAGGAACAUCGUUUGAGCACUUAGACCAAUAAAGUAGCUUUACCAAAAAUCUGUACAAAAUUUUGGGCGUUUUUGAAAACGAAGACUGGGUCUGUAAGUUCGCAAGAUGGCGUUGGUGUGAUUUCUUAUGAUCUCAAAAGGAAUUGUGUAAUUUGGAAAGGUAUAUAAUUAUCUGAAACAGUUUUCUGAAUAUAUUGAAUCAGUAUUAAAAAUUGUCUAAAGGCUGUGAUUGGUUGAUUAAAGACUCAACAAAUUCAUAGAGUUAUUGACAAAGAGUAAUAGUGACAGAUGUCAGAAAAUGGCGGGAAAGUGAGCGUUUGACAGUUGUUUGACGUUUCGUUGUGAAAUUCAAGAUGGCUGGUGGCUUAAUAGUGAUAU